AAGAUGACUACCUUGUUGGACAGUCUAGUGAGUGACAACAUCCUCAAGUGGAUGGAGAGCACUGAGGAGCCAGAAGACGUCCAAGAUCCUAGCAAGGAGCCAGCCACCCCUCCGCAGGCAGAGAUUGGUGUGGAGACCUCCCCCCCAAGCAAGCAGAGUGUGGGGUGUCCAUUUGGUGUGCUGAUGUUCCAUAAGCCGCUGCUGCGGGAGGCUGCCUACGAGCUGUGGGUCCAGAAACAGCGGGUCACCCUGCACUCCAAGUGUGCUGCCUUCCUGGAGCGGUAUGCACACAAAUGCCAGAGCUGCGGCCAAGGGGACUUUAUUGUCUUCCACCGCUUCGCUGUCACCAGCACCCAGGACAAAGGGAGCUGUAAGGACUUUGAUGGUGGGGAUGACCCACACACCUGGAAGGCCUUGGUGCUGGCUGGAAAACAGCUGAAGAAGGAGAGGUUUUACAUCUCUGCAGGUAUUACAGAUACUCAGGAGGAGCAGCAGCAGCAGCAAGCUUUUGUGGAAGAGGAUUUUGGGCCCUCAGGAAGCUGAGCGAAGCAGAUAUCCUGAGGAACACUCUAAAGAGUAAAGCGAAUGUGAUAUCCCGCUUUGAAGAUGCCACCUUCUUCAGCCUCAAAGGGGAGGUCUGCUACGGUGUGGGACGCACAGAGCUGGCAAAGAAAAUGCUCAGAAAGGCUUUGAGCCUGCUUGGAAGGCCAUUUCCCCGGAACCGCGCUGAAGACUUUGUCAGGUCGCAGGUUGAAAAAUUGCAGUGUGCCGCUUACGUUGCCAGAAGAGCAUCUUCCCUUCCACAGAAGGCCCAGAAGAAGAAGCUCGCCUGGCUGCUGCGGCAGAGCCGCUGUCUUUCCUUACUGGAGCACCUCUUCAGGCUGGAGGGCACUUCUGCUGGAUGGAGGCAGUCCUGCCUGGCAGCGCGCAUGAGGGCCAGCACAGACAGGGCAGUGGACUUCUAUCUGUCAGCAGCCUGCGCGAGCGAUGAUGCUGGCUUGGAAAUGAUCAUAUAGUUCAUUACCACCAUCUAUCUUACAUUUGGAGAAAGACGAUACUCUCCAAAUAUUUGUAGUACCGUAAGAAGCAAUACAUACAAAUUAUUAAAUAUUCAUGUGUCCCUUCGCAU